AUGCACAACGAAUCGCAAAGUCCAAUGACUGAUGACGAUAUCAAUUCAUCAGCAUCAGCAUCAGCAUCAGCAUCAGCAUCAGCAUCAGCAUCAGCAUCAGCAUCACCACUACUACCACCAUCGACAACCUCCUCGGUCGAACCAACGACGACAACCAAAGUUUGGGCUUGGCCGUGGGUCAUUCACACAGUGUCUCUUUAUGCGUUUGCGAUUCUAUGGGUGAUUGGUUCCAUCAUUCUUCGAUAUUUUUCGUCUCGACAAGACUGGGAGGAGGUCCUUCCUGGUCUGGAUUCCACUUUACUACUAAAAAUAACCAUGGGCGCACACAUGUCCUUUGGUGCUCUGGCGUUGGUGAUUGGUCCCUUGCAGCUGAUUCCACAACUAAGAAGAAUGGACAUUCCAAUACAUCGAUGGCUGGGACGGUUGUAUGUAAUCGGAGGUCUAGGAGCAUCCAUCUUUGGAAUCUCGUUCAUCUGCCUAAAAGGCAAAUUGGUGGGCGGUUGGAACAUGACCAUUGCUUUUGGCACAGCGGGAAUCGUAACGUUUUAUGUGACCUGGAAAGCAUACAGAUAUGCACGCAACAAGCAAUGGCAAAAGCAUCGUAACUUUGCAUUGCGGAGCUACAGUCAAUUACUAGCACCCAUGUUGUAUCGAUACUGGUACAUUUGCUGGCAAAUUUUUGGUUGGUACAAAAUUCCGAUGGGCAACGUCAAUGAAGUGGAUGACACCAUUGGCGACUACUUUCGAAUAGUGGACAAGCUCCAUUGUUGGGGCUAUUGGAUUUCAGCGCUAUUGAUAGCAGAGCUGGUCAUUUACUACUUGCCACCGCUGCCUACUACUGUGCAAGAUGCAACCUCAGUUCCCGAUCCAACCAUAUCUCCUCCCCCUGACUAUGGCUGUGGUGACGCAAUGCCGGUACAAGACGAAACACAGCCGAUGCUAACAACGGCGCCAUGUGACAGUUUGAGUGCUGGGCAAGAGCAAGACCACGGAUCGGUUGCACAGGGUAACGGGGAUGUGGAACGAGGACAAGACACGAAUGCAUUACUGAGAGAAACCCGACGACCGCAGUUUGGAGCACCUAUGGUGGUCAAUGCCAUUGGUAUUAUUCUGGCCAUCACUACAAUGACCAUAUCGGGCAAGAUUUUCCAAGUGGGAAGCAACAUUCAGAAUGCGGAAUAA